GCUUUGCGCUCGCCUCUGCACCGCAAUGUCGGCCGUCGGCGUACCCUGACGAGAACGUCGCUCGCGUUUUCCGCGAUUUUCUAAGUGAAACGCGCGUCGCACGCGCCCGCACCGUCGCCGAGUGCCGUGCUAUGACAGAGUGAUUCGCGACGUGACGAAAAUUAGUCCGCUGGUUCGCCGCAGCUCACGACGCAGCUGAAGAUGGAUCGGGCCUGAUCGAGUCUACCACGCUACAUCAAAAGUUCGAUUCGGGUUUCGUCCGGUGCGAAUCGCGCGAAGAUCGUCGCGGUUUGUUCGCUAUCUUAUCGGCGUCUCGGCGAGGAUAAAAAAAAAGGAAAGGUGUGAGUGUGCAUGUCGGCUCUCGUGGCCCUGGAGUUACGCAACAGGCAGCGGGCGUAAUGAAGUCGAAGACGAACGAUAGUUUCGUAGCAAGUGAAAGCAACGGGGUCAAGAAGGACGGUGCUGACGAGGUCAAGCAGAAACAGCUGAAGAAAGGUAAAACGUUCUGUCAAUCCUGCAAGAAGAAGUGCAGCGGGGAGGUACUGCGCGUGCAAGACAAAUACUUUCACAUCGGAUGCUUCAAGUGUGCCCAAUGCAACACCAGUUUGGCCCAGGGUGGAUUCUUCGCGCGCGAGGGCACCUAUUACUGUACCAAGGAUUAUCGGGAACGUUGGGGAACGCGAUGCGCCGGAUGCGGGGAGUACGUGGAGGGCGAUGUUGUGACAGCCGGCGAGAAGUACACGUUUCAUCCGAAUUGUUUCCAUUGCCAGAGAUGCCGACAGCCGUUACUCGGACAAGGAACAAAAGUAUCUCUAGUUCAAGGUCAGGCGCUUUGUCACCGAUGCGUCGGUAUACCGGUUCGCGAGGCCUCCACACCAAUUGGUAACAGCGCCGGUACCAGAGGAUCCGGCGAUGGGCACACCGACCCUGGUGCCUGUGCCGGCUGCGGUAACCAAUUGAGGGAAGGUCAGGCAUUGGUCGCGCUCGAUCGCCAAUGGCACGUCUGGUGCUUCAAGUGUCACAGCUGUGAUACUGUGCUCCACGGGGAAUACAUGGGAAAGGACGGCGUGCCUUACUGCGAGAAGGAUUACCAGAAGCAGUUCGGGGUGAAGUGUGCCUAUUGCAACCGUUUCAUCAGCGGUAAGGUUCUGCAGGCGGGCGACAACCACCAUUUCCACCCGACCUGCGCGCGUUGCACAAAGUGCGGCGAUCCGUUCGGCGACGGGGAAGAGAUGUACUUGCAAGGCGCCGCGAUCUGGCAUCCACGCUGCGGCCCGGGACCGACCGGACCCAACGGCAUCGUGAAUGGACACGGGGACACUCCGCAACAUCGAGAGUCGGAACGGAUUUCCAGCAGCGCUUCGGAAAUGCAGUUUUCAUUGCGGUCACGCACGCCAAGCCUGAACGGAUCGCUGUGCAGCCCUUACAGCAGCCUCAGUCGCAAGUAUUAUCCAGCGCGAACUGGCAGUCCUGGCCUGAUCCUGAGAGAGUAUGGACGAGGGGCGCCGGAAGAUGUGUCUAGGAUUUAUACUUACUCAUACCUGACUGAAACGCCCAGUCAGGGAUAUUUGAGACGCCCGAUACAGCCGUACGAUAAACCCCCAACUAGCCCGCAUUUUCAUAGACCUAGUUCAUCUCGUUCGAUAAGAAGCAGCGGCGGACGCAGCAGCAGAUCGGGAAUGAGGGCUUUAGUCGAUGCUCUGAGCGACACCAGACCGAAAUCACCCGCCAGUCAGGUUGAUAACGACGAACCAAUCGAAUUAGCGCAUUAUCCAGACGCAAUGAAACCACCGCCCGGAGCGCAGCCGCCGAUCGAGAGAGAUGAUUUUCCUGCUCCACCGUAUCCUUACACUGAUCCCGAGAGACGUAGACGAUGGUCCGACACUUACAAGGGGGUACCUGCAUCUGACGACGAGGAUGAAGUGGACAACAAAACGUAUAUCAAGGAGGCGGAGCAGAAGUUAAAGAAGGAGCAGGACGAAUUGAGCAAGAUCGACACGGGAAUAGCUAAGGUAUUCCUGCAAGAUCGCGAGAAGGAUCGAGAGAAUUUACGACACAAAGCUGCGAACGUGGAUCCUAGGAACGCCUCAAGGACACCGUCCGCCGCCAGGGAACCUACGUAUAGACUACGUUACGAGAGUCCUGUUGGCGCAUCACCUUCGCGAAAUAUCGAUCACGCACGACCUUGGGAAGAUGACGACGGCUUCAGCUACCGAUCCAGCGGGCCUAGCUACAACGUUGGGAGGUCAUCGGCGCGCUCCCCGGCUCCCAGAAACUAUCCACCCCUUGGUACUCAGCGCGCCUUCACUCUUCCAAACGCCACUAGGCACUAUCAUUCGGGCGACUAUUCGUUCAGUGGGAUGGGCGACAAGACGCACAGCACUGAUUUCUCGUCUGGCAAAUCGGACAUAUCAACAGGCAGCAUCACGGAUGUGGAUCGGCGGGCACUGGUAUGUACCACAGCCCCAUACUACUCCCGGCGAAUUAGCAUGAAUGAUGGUGGGAUCCUCCCAUCAUCCACCACAUAUACAGGUGGCCUAGGUUCGGUUGUUGGAGGCCACGGAGGUCAUCACGUGAGGAGAUCGCUGCCGGAUAUGGGUGCUGCACCGACCGAACCGCCCAAACUUUAUCCCUACCAUUUACUUGUUAUCACCAACUACAGGCUGCCAGCUGACGUGGAUCGUUGCAAUCUCGAGCGGCAUCUCUCCGAUGCGGAAUUCGAGAUGGUCCUCCAGUGCUCCCGCGCGGAAUUCUACAGACUGCCACAGUGGCGCCGCAAUGAAAUCAAAAGACGUGCCCGGCUGUUUUAACUCAUGCUUUACACACAUUUUACUUAUUAUACAUCGCCUCGUGUCACGAUUAUGUUACUGUAGUACAGACUGUACAUUCCUACUGCGUGGUAGAUGCAUCGUGGAGAAAAAAAAUGUGUUCGACAACAGUUACUGGAACCAUACUUAUCUAUAGACAAUGUACUAGACGCUAAUUAAUAGUUUCGCAAAUUAAAAGGACUUCCCCUCGGAGAGAAAUGGUAUCAUUACAGAGAAUAAUGAUAAAUUUCGUAAUUUUGCCGACACAUACGAAAUAUACACUGGAAACGUAUGAACUAAAGUCAUUAACGAGAAUUCAUAUCUGUAAAUGUUUGCAUAUGUAUUAUUGUUAUUUUUUAUUGCGGAUCUUUACAUAUUAUUUAUUUAACAUAUAAAGUGAAAAAUGUUAACUUAUGCCUGUAAUGACAUACUGAUUCUGUAAAAAAAUUGAGCGAUGAAAGUAGAAAGAAUGAUUUACAAAUAUUUCAUACGCACAACUAGACAAUUGUAUGUGUAUGUAUAAGAUACUUAUCAAUUAAUAUUUUACUUGUUUUGUACUGUAACUCGGUUUGUCCUUAAAUUUAUGUACCGGGAGUCGCAAAAGUGUUGCGCCUAGAACGUCGAAAUGAGAUAAGUACGGUUCUGAUUAUUACGACCAUUUACUAUUAUCGGCGUACGCUCGGUGGUGGAGAUGCGAGAUCGAUGUCCUUUAAGCGAGAGCACAAUAUACAACACACACACACACACGAACACACACGCACAUAUAUACACAAACACAUAGUCAUGUACACACAUCUUAAUGACACAGAAGCACUGCCACUUUGUCGUCAAUUUUUUUCUCGCAGCAACGAAUCCACAGGCAGCUUUAUCUACGAUGAUCCGAUCUGUUUAGCGACGUAGACGUUUUCGAGUUUUACCAUUCGGAGCGCUAUCGUGACUUGAUUUCAUUCUCAAACACGUUGACGAGUGCGCAAUGACUGGUCGAUAUUAACGUAGAGAGGAUAAUCAAAUAGAAGAGGGGGAAAAAGAAGUAGCGAUUAUAAAAAAAAACUCUUGAUACAACUCACUAUUGUAAAUAUCGAAGUUCAUCGAGAGGUCGAAGGGCGGCGCGGGAAAGCAGCUAGGAAGUUUCAAAGUACAUAAUCGCGUAUUCGCUAAAUCGCAUAUAUAUAUAUAUAUAUAUAUAUAUGUGUGUGUUAUAUAUAUAUAUACAUACAUAUUACCUUGCGGACGAUUAUGACGCGAGGAACGCUACUAAAUAGGGUCUAUCAUUAUUAUUAAUUUUUAACUAUUAUAUUAUUAUUAUUAUUAUUAUAUUUUACUACAUGAAAAAAAUUAAAAAUCUAAGUAGGCGAAGAAGUUCAGCUUGUUGAAUGGUGCGAGUACGCUGACUAAUCGGACAAUUUGCGCGUGAUUGAUCACAUUUUAACUUUACUCUCUGUGUCAAGAAUUAUUUUAUUAGAAUAGCUUGCACAGUAUCCUUGUGAGAGAAAUUUUUACCCUUUUAAUUACCCCCUUGAUGUAUUAACGAAAAAAAUGCGUUCUGCGGAUGCGGACUGCGAUAGACUUCUUCUACAAUCGCUCGAUCGCUCUAUGUUAGAGUAUAAAUAAGGAAAAAAAAAUCAGGACCAAAUUUAUAGUCGUGGUGGAUCCAACAGUCGAAACCAUCAAGGGCCUUAUCACGUUAACACGAAACGUAUAUUUCAUUACGUUUCACGAAUGUAUGGAUUUUUUGCUAUUCGUCGUUGGCCAAAUUUUGAAAAAUCAAUUUUCACGGGGUAUCUCUGAUUCGCCAUUUUGAGGUAUGCGAUUUUGGAAAUGUGGCAUAAGUCAAGUUUUGAAAAUUUCAUAAUAGACACGCACAUCGCGCAAUGUGUGAAUUCAUCCAUCUGAGAAACGCCAUGCGAUUUUCUGAUGAAGAUUUUUACGAAGAAGACUGUCGUUGCUCUCUUCGUAAGGAGAAACGUAAAACUUGAAAUGUCUAAAUUUAAAGAGAGAGAGAGAGAGAGAGAGAGAGAGAGAGAGAGAGAGAGAGAGAUCGUGUCAUAGGCACGCACACAAGGCCGCAUCCUUGUCAUAUCUCGAGGUCAUCGUGUAUUUCAAAGGUUGUUUUAUGCUACUUUCGAAAACGCGAACCGGCAUUUUUCUAAUAUCGUGACAACUACCACCACCACUCAAACCGCAAGACGAUUUUGCUUUCGUAGAAGCCACCAGUUAAAUCGUCCUCCACCCUUAAAUUAGGUCCUGCGCAGAAUUAAGAAGUCCCCACGUAAUAUAUCAAGCGACAAGUUGAAAUACGAAGCGCGUUCAUCGAAUGUAGAGCUCAUUUAUUCUAAGUGAAAAAAAAAACAAGUAAAGCUGAAUUUUUCAUAGAGCUGAGGGAGAAGCGCACGACGUGUAUCGAACUGUUCCGACUAUUAUGCCGACCAUACACGAUUGUACGUUAGAUAGAUGCGUUCGUCACUGCUCUCGGGUACGUGUAUUAAUAACGAGGUUCGCGCGUUCGCUUCGUUCGAACGAAGCUGCCGAACUGCCGCUGCCAAUACGUACAUAACGUAUUGUCGGAACGAUUGCGUUUUACUAUUACAUUUCGCCUCCUAUCCCUAAAUCAUGUGCCUACAAGCGAAUGUCGUGGGACAUUUACAUGAGAAAAAGGAAGGGCGAGAGAGAGAGAGAGAGAGAGAGAGGGAAAUCGUUAGUUUUAAACGUGGCCUACAAUGUACAGUAAGAGUAUGUUUAUGAGAAGUAAAAGUAAGAAAUUAACCAAUCAUAGUGAAUUAUUCCUUACAUUCGAAUAUGAUUGGUCAAUUUCUUACUUUCACCUCUUGUGAACAUAUUCCUACCAUCCAUUGUAGACGACGCUUUAUGAGCGUCUUACGCACGCUGUACAUUUAUGUAACACUUACAAUUCCUACUGAGGAAUGCAACGCAUAUGCACACGAGAGAAGUAAGUCCAAAUCUCUCACGAGACAUUCUUCGAACAUCUCUCGGGCCGUCGUCCCUCGAAUCCUUGUAUUGCCCGGAGAACGGUUUUAUCACGAAGAAAGCCCGACGUGCUCCAUGAUCAUUGAUCGUACAAUCGAUUAUUUUCUUAUUUUGGUGUCUAUUUAAACCGACGUGUAUAAUAUAUAUAUCUUCCUUUUUUUUUUGUUCUCUUAUGUCUUAAGUAUAUCAGGCGUGUGACGCCUCGUGUAAUGUUUUCUUUUUUUUUUUUCUCGUUCUGCCUUAGCUUGCAGCCCAAAGCGGUGCGCGCUCGCGUCUUACUGCCUUCGCACGCGGUAUUCUUGAUCAUGGUGCAACGUUUAUUGUUCCCACUUGUGCAAUGCGAACCAAUGUAUGUUUCUGUUGUAUAGAGCACAUUGCUUCCGCUAGUCCCUAAAGUUAAAUAAAUGCAAAUGUAUGAAAAAACCAA